CUUGUGCCCUAAACGGAGUUUUAGUAUUACUCGGAAGAAAAACCUUGAGACUUGAAGCGGCGGAGAGGCCUAAAACUAGAGCGCAGGCAUUGGCAUGCCGGGUUUUGCCGGCGAGGGGAACUGCCCCUCGAGAGCAAGGCACCCAAGAACCCCUGUUGACAAACACUGGUUUCGUUGCCGGGUGGCCUUUGCUCCCGUAGGCCCUGACUGUUGCUAACAUCAAAGAGCUGUUUAUGGAACCACCUCCCCACGGACAGGCCUCCAAGUGUCUCUCUCCAACCAGGGCUCAUGAGGCCCUCCCUCCAGGGUUCUCACCACAGGCCUAGGAAGCUUGAGCUGGGGAAUGCUAACUCCCGGAUUCAGCUUUUCACUGCCUUGGCCCUGGGGAAGGCGGUGCCGGCUACGGCAACUAACUCCGAUUAGGCAAAGAACCGGUUAACCUGGUAGCGGACUCCGGACGUAACUGCUGCUCCGCUGGUAACGUCACUGCCAAUCCGGUGUUUUCAUUGGUGGAUGUAUCCAGCGCUCACCAAUCCAGAGCCUACUUUCCAGGACCCACCAAUCCCGAAGCAGUAAAGCGAAGCGCAGCUGCGGGAGGACUGAAUGGAGUAGACGGAGAGUCGGAGGGACCCUAAAAGUUAGGGGCGGGGAUCCUAGACUUGAACCUGCUUACCCGCUGAGCCUGGGAAAACCGCUUACUGCAGAAUUCUGGCCCCCGGAGGGUUUGAGCUAGGAAGAUAGCGCGGGCGUGGGCCUUAUCUGCACACCCACAGAAGACACUGGUCCUAGGGCCUCUUUAUCACUCAUUUUCCCUGGUUCCCCCUAUCUUGUGGGUAAGUCCUGGCCUCUGAACGAAGACCUCACUCUUCUACCAGCAAGUACACGCGCGCCCUGGCUUAGAUGCGCACAAAUCAGUAAGUGCCUAGAAGUGGAGUACGGGACCAGUGGGGGUUUCUGCAGUUGUAAAACAGGGUACCUCCGGUUCUGCCGGGUAUCUUGACCUUUCCCUAGGCCUUACAAUGGGCCGGACUGUGAUCGUGCUUGGCGGGGGUAUCAGUGGAUUGGUCGCAAGUUAUCAUCUGACCCGAGGCCCCUGUCCCCCUAAGGUGAUCUUAGUGGAGGGCAGCAAGCGUUUGGGAGGUUGGAUCCGCUCAGUCCGAGGAACAGAUGGUGCUAUCUUUGAACUUGGACCUCGAGGAAUUAGGCCAGCUGGAGUGCUGGGAGCCCGGACCCUGCUCCUGGUUUCUGAGCUUGGCUUGGAGUCAGAAGUCUUGCCUGUCCCGGGGAAUCACCCAGCUGCCCAGAACAGGUUCCUGUAUGUAGGGGGUGCCCUGCACCCCCUACCCUCUGGCCUCAGGGGGCUACUCCGCCCUUCACCCCCCUUCUCCAAACCUCUGUUUUGGGCUGGGCUGAGGGAUUUGAUGAAGCCCAGGGGCAAAGAGCCUGAUGAGACUGUGCACAGUUUUGCCCAGCGCCGCCUUGGACCUGAGGUGGCAUCUUUAGCCAUCGACAGUCUUUGCCGAGGAGUGUUUGCAGGCAACAGCCGUGAGCUCAGUGUCCGGUCCUGCUUCCCCAGUCUCUUCCAAGCUGAGCAAACCCAUCGGUCCAUAUUACUGGGGCUGCUGCUGGGGGCAGGACGGAGUCCACAGCCAGACUCCUCAUUAAUUCGUCAGGCCCGGGCUGAGCGGUGGAGCCAGUGGUCACUCCGUGGAGGGCUGGGGAUGUUGCCCCAGGCCCUUCACGACCACCUAACCAGUAAAGGAGUCACCAUCUUCAGAGGCCAGCCAGUCUGUGGGCUCAGUCUCCAGCCAGAAGGGCGCUGGAAGGUGUCUCUAGGGGACAGCAGUCUGCAGGCUGACCACAUUAUCAGUGCCAUUCCAGCUGCAGAGCUCAGCAAGCUGCUCCCUGCCGAGGCUGCACCUCUAGCUCAUGUCCUGAGUACCAUCACUGCCGUAUCUGUCGCUGUGGUGAAUCUGCAGUACCAAGGAGCUCAUCUGCCUGUUCAGGGAUUUGGACAUUUGGUGCCAUCAUCAGAAGACCCAAUUGUCCUGGGAGUCGUGUAUGACUCAGUUGCUUUUCCUGAGCAUGAUGGGAACCCCCCAGGCCUCAGAGUAACUGUGAUGCUGGGAGGCUACUGGUUACAGAAGCUGGAAGCUGAUGGUCAUGAAUUGUCUCCAGAGCUGCUCCGACAGCAAGCACAGGAAGCAGUUGCUACACAGUUAGGACUGAAGGAGCCACCAAGUCACUGCUUGGUCCAUCUACACAAGAACUGUAUCCCUCAGUACACACUAGGACACUGGCAAAAACUAGAGUCGGCUAUGAGCUUCCUGACUGCUCAGAGGUUGCCCCUGACUUUGGCUGGAGCUUCCUAUGAGGGGGUCGCGGUCAAUGACUGUAUAGAGAGUGGACGUCAGGCAGCAGUUGCUGUCCUGGGCACAGAAUCUAACAGCUGAUUCCCCUUCUCCCACUCACGAAAAUAAAGGUUGCUGGAACUUGG